GUCGCCCCCAACACAAACAAAAUCGAAAUCAACAAUAUCAAACGCGGAAAUGGCCGCAGUUCAUCCGGAGCCCGCAGAAACAUUGCCCUGCGGCUGGGAGAUACGUUUCGACCCCAGGACGGGUCGCAAUUACUUCAUAAACCACAAAGAACACACGACAACAUGGGAAGAUCCUCGCUUGAGAUACCCGCAGUUACAACAGGGCAGCUAUGCAAAAUACUACCUCUACGGAAGUGGCAAGCCCACUCCGGGGCAGGCGGCGGCGGCAGCGGCGAAGCAGAAGUAUUUUCCAGAUGACUUGGUUACGGCAUAUCAACCUUAUUACGGAAUGGUGUACUACCCACCUCCAGCCCCCUCAACGACCGUUCCCAGUUCGGCCACGGCAUCACCUAGAGAAGGAUUCUACACGACUGCAGCAAGACAAGUGGGCACCUACUCCCCUUACUUUGGAAGCCCCCGAACACCCUAUCGCUUCAAGACUGAAACGGCCGUUCAAGUCGACGAAAGGCAGCUGAUGAAGCUCUGCCUCCAGUUCCCCACCGUGGAAGAGGGCCAUAUUUUCACUUUGCUAAAGCAGUAUCACAAUAGGGACAAUGUGGUGGUGAGCGCCCUGCUUGCAGAGGGACACCCCCGUGCUCAGACACAUCCAAAUGCCCACGAACACCUGCCACCCAGGCUGCUCAAGGUUGAUGAGACACUCGUAACCAAGCUUCAUGGAUUUUUCCCCACGAUUGACCAGGAGCACAUCAGGGCACUUCUUUACAAGCACAACAAUCAAGAGCACGAAGUGAUUCGCAUGCUGGUGUCUGGGCCAGGCAACUACGUGAUUCGCCACCAGAGUCCGGCACCGAGCUCCCCCAAGAUGAAGCUCCGCUACCUCAAGCUGGUCUUCCCCGAAGCGGACGAAGCACUUCUCUUCAACAUGCUCUACAACACGGACAACAACGCCCAGGAGGCCAUGACGCGCCUGGGGGACAUGGGGUUCAAGAAGCGGGAGGCCCCCCUGCCGAGGGGCACGCCCGCCAAGCAGGUCCCCAAGCCCCCCGUCGCAGAGGCACGCCGACCGUCCCAAGCACAUCCGCCCACCAAGGCCGACAGGCAGAAGCUGGUGUCUAGGAUCCACGAGCAGUUCCCGGCAGUGUCCCAGACGCUGGUGAACAUGGCCCUGGAGAGCAGCCAGUUCAACGAGGAACGAGCCAUGCAGUUUCUGCGCGCCAUGACGCCCCAAGACAGCCGUCCCCUGCCUGGAGAAGAGGCCGUGCCGGAGGCCCCCAGGGGCACCCCUCCCGUGCCGCCCCGGGCUCGCCACGCCUCCCCCGCCCAGGCGGACAGGGGGCCACCCGCCUUUGCCAAGCUCACCCCGUCCAGCCUAGCGAAAGAGGAAUCUUCCAAAGAAGGCACACAAGCCAAAAUGUUGAGCGACAAGGCCACUUCUCCGCCUCCCAAAUCCGCGAGUGAGCGGUCGUUCCGGCCCAAGUUUCUGCGCAAGAUCUUCAAGUUCUCUAAGGGCACCAGUACUCAGGAGGACCAGCAGCAAGCCUCGACCCGCAUCUGCCCCAAGGGACCCAACUCGAGUCUGCUCAGGGGACCCAACGACGGAAACCUCCUGAGGGAGUACACACCGUGGCAGGGCCCGGACCCCGACAACCGGCGUGGGCCGGACCCCAACCUGCGUCGGGGGCCAGACCCCAAGAACCUGACCACCAAAGAGGCGGGCGCCAAAGCCAGGGGCCCCCAGCUGGGGUUGUUCCGCAGGGGGCCCCUCCGGGACAUCACCUUCCGGUCCCUCCUCACGGGCUCCUCUUCUUCCACGAGCAACAACUCUUCCGCCGCAUCCGAUACUACGCCCCCUCAAGGGCCAAAGACCCCGGCCCCACGAGUGCUGCAGUCCCAGUGAUUUACUAUUUCUCGAUUGGAGCGAUACCUUUUUGGGGAAAGGGUUCCUGCGCAGCCAGUCUUUCGCGGAGCAUCUUUGGCUAGCGACGAGGUUUGGAGAACACUUGGAUCCAAAAACUGUGAUUUGCGUCGGAACACUCCACAACAGAAAUUUCGUGCUCUGUGCCCCGGCGCGGGCAACGCUUUUGGCUCUAAAUGUCAUCUCUGUCUCACCGUUUGCCAAGCCCAGCGAGUCGCGAGGACUUGAAAUGCUUCUAAGGGAAAAUACUGCCACGACCGGAAUUUAGAGUGUAAGAGUCGUGGUCGGUGUCCCGGUAGAUACCAUUAUUGUCGAUUCAUGUGUCGCGUCUGCCUCGGUGGUUGCUGGGUGCCUUUCAUAGGUCGUGCUCCGCGGCAAUGAAUGUGCAGGAUUUUUUAUCAAAAGGUUCCCUCCUGCUCUAGUCCGUACAGGUUGUAGAAAUUGGCGCUGGCAUUUGCUCUGUAUUCUUAAGCUUUCUUUCCACCUGUCUGUGCCAUUGGAGUCAAUCGAUGCACGCACAAAAACUGUGAGGCACCUCAUUUUUCAGAAACAUUCCAGUAGGGUGUGUUUGUUUCCCGUCUGUUUUGCUCGGUAUUGGAAAAAUGCAGUGUUUUUUUUUCAUUAGAGAAGUUGUGCCCGGAAGGCCUAUUUGAAACAUGGAGUGAAAGAUGCAUCACUGCCCUUCCACUCUCUGGUAUGAUUAGUGCUUCAUGGAGAACAAAUGCAACUAAUCGAUAGUGUUAAAAGAAACUGAUGGCAGUUUUCUGUGUAAUUCUGGGCCAUCCGAGCUCUCAAAACCGCGACUCCUAGAGUUUUUUUCUCUGUUGCACCGUCCUUUGUCGAGCAUUUUAAUGCCACUUGUUUCCACAGCCUUCAAAGUUUACAUCGUUCGCAGUUAAGUUGUAAAACCGUUGCUAUACUUCUGUCAGUCUCUCCCAGCAUAUCUCAUAUUUCCUGACUUGGAACAAAAUGUUUAUUAUUUUAUUGCCUUAAUAUACCGAGAGUUAACCCACCCCCCAAGAAAUAGCUCACCCACUGUGUUCGAGGUCGUUAGUGUAGGGAAGGGGAAAAUGAGGAACUGAUGCCACGGAACUAGUAAAGUCCGUGACGCCUGCUGCAAGACAGGGCAAGUCGAACCAGCGCAAAAAAGUGUCGUGAACACACGAUCGUGUACCGAGCGAUUUACGGCACAACGACUGCUCCUUCCGCAACUAGAAAGUGAUGUCAAAAGCGGCUGAUAUAGGCAGAAGUAGUUGAAGAACCAAGUCGAGCAUUUUUUUCUCGGGGCUUUUAGUUGUUUUUAGCUAGGCUCCCCCCUUUGUUCGUCCAAUGCGGCCUCCAAGGGGGAACAGUGGUUCACCUUUCGGAAUAUUACGGUAAUGCCGGAAUCAUAAGGACUGUUCCUUUCCUACAACAAGUUUUACUCCCAAGCAGCUCUGCACGACUGCAUAGGUGAACGGCUUUCUUGAGUUUGUUCGACGAGCAUUUUCUGGAGUUCAAAGAGGAGACGCUGUUCACAGGAACUUACGACUGCCACGCUGGUCACUGUCCCCUUGAAUGGAAGUGAAGCGCUGGGUAUAUUGUCCCACCUGCAUAUAAGAUACUAUUUUUCCAGGUUGUGUAAAAAGAAACGGGGGAGCCUGAAUCGCGACGCGUUGCAGCAGAGAAGCUUUUUCGUACAAAACGGCUGAAAAGCUUGCCAAGUUGUUAGGCAUCGUUUUAGAGAGCAUCGAGAUCAUGGGCGUGGAAACGUGAGGGCUUUUGCAAGGCAUCUGAGGAGCUGCGAGGAUUCUGCUUUUCCAAGUCUAGCGACGGGAUUUCGGCCGUCCCCUUCCAUACCGUCAUUCAUCUGGCUCAUCACCACAUCUCUUCGGGCCUACUUUUUGAGCUUUAUACGGUCCGGAGGCCGAUGUACAUAACAAACUAGAGGAUAGCACAUAUAUAAAUAUACAUAUAAUAUAUAUUUUAGAGAGCCCUAUGACAGAAUGACUGCCAUUUUUACUUGGUGUUCCUGUGUGCAUGUAUACAUACAAUAGAACCUCCUUGGUACAUUCUUGGUUAUAUAUUUCCCAGUUAUUGUAACCUUUCAUCCUAUUUCACCGGCACGCAUGUACGCUUCUACCAUGCUUGAUGGCUGGCUUUCUCCCCCUCCAAACUUUACUUUAACGUGGAGCUCGCAGUGCACACGUGUCUAGCUUCACUGCUUUGCACCGGCGCGCCAGGAGCAGCAGCUGACGCGGAGGAGCUUCCGAAUUAGCUCAAUGGGCUUGGCAGUUUUGCUCGCUCUUAUGAGUCAACAUUAUUUGGACACGAUUUCAUAUUGUGUCCAAACAAUGUUGACCUUAAUUUUAAAUAACAGUUCCGAAAAAAGGUUGACCUGUAUUUCAAUAAAUAUGGUAGUAUUCCACAGCCGUGAAUGUUCAUGUGAAAUUAAGUUGCUAUCCUAGAGUUGCCUCUCGUCGCAUCUAUAGACCCCCAAAAACAUUAUUGCUGGUUAUGUUUUCCCAGAUCCUUUUCUUGCAAUGCCCCAAAGAAUGUAUCGGUGAGGUUCUUCUGUAUUAGGCCCCCAUUGUUUCCUGUGCGUCGUCCACGUAACUCGAUUUCCUUUUGUGAGCGCCUCGAGUCAGCAUGAUUCUGGGUAAAUGGGUUUCUUUGUGUACCUACCAGAUGAGGCAUAAUCAAUCAGUGUCCUAUUUCCAGUUGACUGCUCGGUCCCAGCAAGGACUGGACUGCCUACUAGCUUCCACAUACUGCGUGACUAGGUAUGUGGAGUCGAGAUAUCUUGCGCCCCAGAAAUGAAGUUGCGAGUAGCAAAGUGUUUGGUUUUAGACGAGAUCUAACUAGCAUACCAGUAGCAAUUUGAACUAUUUCCCAGUUACUGGGGAAGGAUGUUGGAAGACACAAAAAACAGAAUGUUGAAGCUUGUAUCUUUGCAUUGUGCAUCCAACUGCAGCAUAGCCCCCUGAAAAACGUAGCUUAUAUAUUUGAAUUUUUCUUUAAUUUUUGAAACCAGUUUUGAGAUAGAAAAAAAAUCUCUACAAGCCUCAGUUGUUUUCUUUUUUUUAGGCACUUUGGUACAAGAUUUAGAGCAGUGAUAGUUUUUUGGGUAAAACAGUCACUGCUAUUAGUAGUUGAGCCGUAUGCACAGAAAAAGGAGUUUGAAGUGGGAUUAUGUAGACAAUGCUUGAAAUAACACAUAAGAUCAGUGCAAAGAAAACAAACAAUAAGAUGUCUUUUUUGUUUCCAUGUUUUGUGUUAUUUGUUAUACAAACAGAACCGUCAACCUUUGCAAACGCUUUAUAAGUUUGCGGCGAUUGUUACGGGCACCUUUUACAUUCUGUGGUUUUGCUACGAGCAUCAGACUUUGUUCUAAAGUACAUAUGAAUAUGAGAAAAGUAAAUUUCAAUGGACUUCGAAAAGUGUGGAAAAAAUAUAAGUGGAGCCUCAGAUUCACCUGUCUGAUGUGAUGUGGCGACAAUGGCCUUUUGGCACGUCUUUACUAGGUAUGUUUGUUUUUCUUAGCUUCUGUAAACCAAAAAAGUGGUAUCUUGUCUGUAUAUAACUACUAUGUGUAUUGUUUUUUCUGAUAACAUCCUUCCAUGAGAGAAACCUGUCCUUAUUCGGAUGGGGCCCUUGUCCAUUUUGAUGCCAGUUUAGGUUUAAAAGCAAUGCAGUGGUCAUCGUCCAUCUUGCUCUCUUCGCGACCACUCAUCAGGAUAAGUUCAGCCACAGCACAAUUUUUUGCAAGCACGUUGCCAGGACCUUUAAGUGGCAAAAGCUCAUUCUCCACCUGUAACUGUUUAAAGAGACAGUGGGAAUUCAAAAAUUUUUGGAGAUGGUACAUUUCUAAAAGAGAUGAGACACAGACGAAGGUUUACACUUUGCACUUUCUGCAUUUUUCUUUUUUUUAUUUGAUUAGAAGACACCAGUGGUCCUAUCUGAUGCAUGACUGAAGAAAUGAAAUCUUGGUUUGGCAACGUUCAACUAAUGUUUCAGGCUAAGAAGUGCAAAAGAUCCCUAGGGAUAGUUUUCUUCAAAUAUGUUUUUGUUUCCAAAUGGGACACUCACUUCUGUACACCGUGUACAUGGCAUGUUGUCUUCGGUUGGUGUCAGAUUAACUUUAUGUUCGCAAAAUAUGUGCACCCUGCAUGAUUUUUGUUAAAACAUUCCUACGAAGUGUUUUUUAUCAAUCUGAGACUUCGUUACACAGGCAACACUCAAAAAUGUUGUUCCAGUGAGUGAUGCCAUGCGCAUUUUAGCGCGCAGAUGCUCAUCAGGCAGUAGCAGCAGGUUUUUCCAUGGCAAAAGCAUGGUUUCAGUUUUGAGGCGUUUUCCGUCCUAAUGUGUGAUGUGAUGUACAGGUAGAAGCAGGUCCAUAGGGGCAGGCUUAGGUUAAACUUUAACCAGGGGUACUGGGUUAGCGAACGAGAGAGUGGCCAGAAGUACUGAAAGCUUUCCUUUCUCCCAUCCUAUCCUCCCUCAGUCGUUCAAACAUGGGGACAGGUAAAUCCAGAAAUGUUGCUUGCAUCUGCACUCCAAUUAAUAGAACCACUAUCGGGUAUUGUUUCCAACUUCCCAGAAUUUAUGACGAAUAUUGCGGCUCUGCGUAAAACUUCCUGGUUGCAAAACAACCACCCUGCCUUGACUAAUUUGUUUCAGUUUGGCAACCCCUCAUUGGGCAGAUCAUUGUUACAUUUCUGCUAAACCUCUAACCCAAUGCAACAUCUUCUCACAUUCAUCGUCGUGUAUGAUACAGGUUCAAGAUAGGAUAAUGCAAAAAUAGUGUUUCCCUGCGUACUGCAGCGAGCAUCAUGUUGCCAAAUUAAGCCGUUGCCAUCCCGGAAUAGUCGAGAUGGAAGAAAACAUAAAAGUUGCCGACUGGCAGUCUUCCCACCGUUCAGGAUGUGAACGCAAUUUUUCAAGUACAAUUAAUCUGCCAAACUUUGAAUGAAACAGCAAACCUUACCCCCCACCCCACAAUGUUCAAACCACUACCAUUUGUGUCCAUACAUGUCCCACUUUCUCUUGGUUCCAUGCUGUAGUUCUGGCUUUUUCUAGGACAAUAAACAGACUUUUAAACU